AUGACUUCCAGACCAGACUCAAAACUCCUUGACGUGGUCAUCUCUCUCUAUAUCAAAAGCCUGACGACGGUGUCCACGUUCAUCGCUCUCCACCUGGCCUUUGUGGGUCGAGAUUAAUCGAUAAAACAUGCAGGCAGCAGGGGGAUCUAAUGUCUUGCUCCUGGUAUAUACAUACUAGUAUGGAGAAAGUAAACCCGCCAGCUUGCAUCAUGCAAGGGCCGCCCUCUUUUCAUUUCUUAUUCUGUUCAGUCAGGUAUGGACUCAUCAUCGCCGGCCCAGGAUCCCGCCGGGGUCAGUAUAGCUGCAAAUUGGUGUCUUCAAUUGAAUUCAUUCGUUUUCAACUUGCAUUGGAAGAUCAGGCAAUGACAGCAGCAAUCACGCUAUAUUGGGCUCGCUCCUUGCUUGCAAUCAUCUCCUCUCUUCUCCACCACCACCACCACCACCACCACCGUCUCCUCCUCCUCCACCUCCUUCCCACCAAGGGUGGACUGAAUUCAUCGGCGUGCGGGUGCAGGUGCAGUUGCGGUUAUGCUGUUGCUAUGCUGUUGAACGCGGUUGGUCGAUUGAUUUAUUCGCAGGUGGAGAAAUGCAUGCAGUACUAAACGCAGGUAAAGUAACGCAGGAGGAUAAAUUCCGCCCACCAUUGUCGAGCGAACAUCAUUGCGCGAUAGCACACUGUAGGGCGACUUUCCUUUCCGUUCCCAUCGCAGUUAUUAGGAAUCACAUAUCAAUGUUUCCCACGAAACAGCUCUUCGGAUUUUGAAGCGGCCCACCCUAUCAACUCUGGCUGUUGCUGUUCAAACUCUCGACGACUUCCUCGACAACAGCACUGACGCCGGAGAUUUCAUGGGCAAAGCGGCCCAAAAACAACCCAUCAACAUAUUUGCCCAAUCCGUUGCCCCCGUUCGUUUUGCCGCUCCACAAGCCGGGUCCAGCACUGCCGCCGUAGACGACUUUGACAGGACCUGAUCGACCACCAGGAACGGCGCGUCGGGCGACCUCGCGAAUGGCCUGGACGACCGGACCGACGUAGUCGACGCCGGCGGGCUCGGCGGCGCCAAUUGCCCAGACGGGCUCGUAGGCGAAAAUCACGGGCGCAUCGGACGGCACGGCACGCAGGAGUGUUUCGAUCUGCGGUGUGAGUUGGGCCAUUGCCAGCCCGACAGACUGGCUCAGGCGUCCGUUUUGGGGUGGUCGGUCCACUUCGCCGAUACACACCAGCGGGAUCAUGCCCAACGCGCACACGGCGGAUGCUUUGGCGGCGGCGGUCUCGUCGGUUUCACCCAGCAUUCGGCGCCGCUCGGCGUGGUUCAAUUCGACCACGGAGCACCCCAGCUCUUUGAGGGCUGGAGGCACAAUCUCGCCGGUAUAUGCGCCGUAGGAGGUCGAUUGGAAUGCGUUCUGGGCGCCGAGCGAGACGGGCCAUGAAGAAGAGGAGCUGGAGUCUGAAGGAGUUGAAAACCUCGUGGUCAGGAUUUGCGAGCAUGGGAAAAUGGUCAAAAAAUCCGGGAUCAGCACGAAGCGGACUUGGUCGUGGUGGGACGAGAGGAGCGACAGAAUCUUGUUGUUUUGAGUGUCCAGGAUCGAGUUGAGAUAGUUGAUCGUCCGGGAAGGGGAGAAGUAGGCCUUGGUUGAUGUGAGGAUUAGCUUGGGCGGGAGCGUAGGGUAUGAAGAUGAGGACGACAUGGUUACAAGACCACGGUCGGCGUAGGUAAUGAAUCGCCCGGGUUGUAGAGACGGUGGCAAGAAUUAGUCCUGGUUAUUUUAUAUUGGAUAAACCGAGACAGAGGUCGAAUUGGA